GACAAAAGGAUUAAAUGUGGUGGGGUCAUUGUAGCAUUGUUUUCAAAUGAAUGGUCUUUCCAUUGAAUUUUUUUUUAUUGACGCAAAUUCCAUGUACUUGGUCCGAUAUUUAAUUAUCAUAUUCGAUCUUAUCUAUCUUUUUAACUGACCAAAUAGGCCAAUAUUCAGCGGCUCUUUUCCUACAUAAAGGAUUGAUCAGUCUGAGUUGCUUAACUUAAGGUGUGAGAAAGGAUGGCCAUGGGCGGUGAAAAGAGCAAGAUUUUGAUAUUUGGUGCCACUGGCUAUCUUGGGAAAUACAUGGUGAAGGCAAGCGUGGUCUUGGGUCAUCCUACUUAUGCCUACACUCGCCCACUUAGUCACAACAACUCCUCUUCCAAGUUAGAUCUUCUCAAGGACUUUGAAUCCAUGGGUGUCACCAUAUUCUACGGGGAGUUGGAUGAGCAUGAAAAGCUAGUUUCGGUGCUUCAACAGGUUGAGGUUGUGAUUUCUACACUAGCAGUCCCCCAACAUCUUGACCAACUCAAAAUAAUAAGUGCCAUGAAAGAUGCUGGCACGAUAAAGAGGUUUGUGCCAUCAGAAUAUGGAAAUGAAGCAGACAGAAUAACAAGUGCACUUCCACCAUUUGAAGCUUUACUAGCUAACAAAAGGAAGAUCAGAAGGGCAGCAGAAGCAGCUGGACUCCCUUACACUUACGUUGCUGCAAAUUCAUUUUUAGUCUAUUUUAUUGACUAUCUUCUUCACCCACAUGAGAAACCAAAUGAACUUGUGGUUUAUGGAACUGGCCAAGCCAAGGUUGUGUUCAACUAUGAGGAAGAUAUUGCAGCCUUUACGGUAAAAGCAGCGACAGAUCCAAGGGUAGCCAAUCGCGUCAUCAUCUAUAGGCCGCCGGCAAAUGUUACUACUCAGUUGGAACUGAUUUCUGCAUGGGAGGAAAAGACUGGCCGAACCUUUAAAAGAGUUCAUGUUCCUGAAGAGGAAAUUAUAAAGCUCUCUGAGACCUUGCCUUUCCCGGACAACAUUCCGGUGGCGGUUUUGCACAACAUAUUCAUCAAAGGAGAUCAAAUGACGUAUGAAUUGAUGGAAGAAGAUUUGGAGGCCUCUAAGCUAUAUCCUGACUACAGUUACACUACCAUUGAUAAGUAUCUUGAUAUGUGCGUGGUUAACCCUCCUCGACCCAAAUUAGCUGCAUUCGCUUGAUCCAUAUAAAAAGAACUUAACAUUCAUGUUUGCAAGUGGUAAUCGUCAGUCGUCUGCAACCCUUUCUUCCUACCAUUUAUAAUUAUAAUAAUAAAUAUUAUGUUUAUAUUU